AUGAUUGAGACAGUGGAUGAUAUAGACGAACUUAUUAAAUAUUCCUUUAAUAUUUUAUGGAAAGCAACCGAAGGAAAAAUAGCUAUAGCUAUCUUUAAUGAUCCAUUAUUUCAAGUUACCUUUAUAUUGAAUGAUGGGACUCCCAAAGUGUUAAAUUUAGAUGUGCCAAAGGAACCUAAUGAUUCAUAUAUUCAAGAAAGUUUACAAAAUUCUAGCUUUGAUGUACCAAUAAGCAAUCAAAUUUCUAAUGAUUCUGAUGAUUUUCCAGGCCAUAAUGAUAAAAAAAAAGAUUUUUCUGUUGUAUCUGAAAACACUAAAAGUAAUGAGAGGCAAGGUUUGGAAACUAAUAUUCAGGAGCUGAUACAAAAUACUGACUAUGAGACAAGAGAAGAUGCCAAAAUGUAUCAGCCCCAAAUAAAUAAGAAGAUUAAAUCCGAUGAAUAUUCUAACUCAGCCGAAGAAAUUGAUAAGCAAGAAUUUGAUAAUACUAUAAUUUCAAUGUUGAGAAAAAAUAAUUCUAGUCAAUCAAAAAUCAAUAAGAAAUCUAAAGCUUCAGAGGAAAAUACCAACAAG